UUCACACUACACUCUCGCGAAUUCGCGAUUCCUCACUCAUCCCUCUGAAGUCUGAAUGCUUCAUCGGCGGCGCUAUCAGCCGUGCACCGCCGUCUCACGGAACCUCCAUUGCACUCUACUUCCAUCGGCCUUGCUCGCAUCACUCCCUUCCGUCGCACCCCUUCCCGGUUCUUCUUCGUCGCACCCCUUCCGUCGGCCUUGCUCGCAUCGCUCCCUUUCGAACCCUAAUGUGCGUUUCUCUCUUCGAUCUCGCCACGCUUGCUCUUUUCAACUGUGUUUCUCUCUUCGAUCUUGCCUCAGCUAUGCAGUUAACCCUAAUCUCCUUUCUCCUUCAUCGCUGUUUUCUUUCUUUCAAUACCAUCGCUAACUCUAACUAUAUUCCUAUGUUUCAUCGCUAACUAUGAUUCUAUUUAUUCUAUGAUAAGAACUUGUAACGGUUAUAGUUUUUAUUUUGGUUCUUAUAAACUUGUUCGUGAAAUCAAGGUUCCUGAAUGCAUUGACUAGUUUCAUUUUUAUUGCUGAGGAAGAGGAGGAGGAAGUAGAGAUAGAGUAUGUGGAGGUUAUGAUGAACUUGAAGAGGAAGAUGACAUGGAGGAUUUUGUUAAUUUUAUCUGGAAGCUCUGAAGAUGAAGAGGCAGAAGCAGCUGCUUAGAGAAGGGUGAAACAGAAGAAUAAGUUAGCUUCAAUGAAAUCUGAGAAGGAUUCUGUUGAUCUUAAAUCAAAGAAGGCAAAGGUCCUUGUUGAGGCCCACAUAGCCAUUAGGAUGGUGGGCCGGCGACAUUAUAUUGGGCGGAAGGGAUGAGCUUGGCGGUGGCACAUGGUUGGGCUCCACCAGAGAUGGAAGGGUGGCUUUCCUCACCAAUUUCAGGGAAGUUGAAAGCCUUCUGGAACCCAAGACCAGGGGAGACUUGCCCCUCUGAUUCCUUUAGAGUAAGAAGAGUCCUCAGGAGUUUGCAGAGCAAAUUGUUGAAGAGGCACAUGUAUAUAAUGGCUUCAAUCUAGUUUGUGUUGAUAUUUGCAGCUUCAAUCUAGGCUGCUCAGAAAGGUAUAAUGAGUGUAUGGGACAAAGCUGAUAUCAUAAAGUGUAUAGGACUCAAUUGGAGGAUUAGUCUUAGCAUGAGUGAUCCAGAUCUUGUUCCACUUCUUAUCCAGAGGGUAAAACGCAUGAACCUGAUUGCUCGUGCUGCUGAGUCAAUUGCUGAUGGGGAUCUAGUGAAUGUACAGAUUCGAAGAUAUCGACAGUGGCAGCUCUCUCAAACUAGCUCUGUGGCCUCGUGUAUUAUUCCUGCUUCAUUGUUGCAUGGGCAGAGAGAAAUACUUGAACAGGGAGGGCAUAAUUUUAACAGGUUUGGCGGGUGGCUUGGAAAGAACUCAAUGGCAGGCAAAAACCUUAGGCUUAUGGAAGAUCUGCAUGUCCACAUGCUUGCUUCACGUGAAUCUAGUUCAGGAAGGGAUACUAUCCGAUUGGAAUACCUUACCCUUCUCCUUAAACAAUUAACAGAACCGCUACGAUCUCUGCCCAAGGCUGAAGCUGUUGAGAAAGUUGUGGAAUUUAUAUAGUUGGACAACAUUUGCUGGUACUUUUGGCUAUGCUGCUCCAGCUAUCAAGAAGAGGAUGGAGAAGGAUAUUGAUAAAGUUGGAAAGAUUGCACAUGGUGUCAAAACAAAAAUAGAAGCUAUAAACAGAGAUGUAAUGAGACAAAGAUAAUGACUUGAUGUUUAGUAGAUUUUAGUCCUGAAAUUUCAAACAUGAGGAAUUUUU